UUUGUCUUUCUUCCCUUCUCCUCUUGUCCCAAUCCCUCUCGUGCUUGGACAGGCCCUUUCUCCCAUCCUUUUGGCGAUUCCUCCUCCCCGGCACUCGAGCCAAGCGGACGAGACCAUGGCGCCGGCCCUCCCCCCCCGUGCGGCCCCUCGGGCGUCAGGCCUGUCGCUGCUGCUGGUCUUGCUGCUGGCUCUGCUCGGGGUGUUUUGCCGGCCGGCUGCCGGCCUGACCAACCGCACACGCCCUCUGGACCAAAUCGAUGCGGAGAUCAUCUGGGAUUCCUGGGGCGUGCCUCAUAUCUUCGCUAAUUCUACCAAGGACCUGAGCUUCGCCUAUGGCUAUGCUCAGGCCCGGGAUCAUGGCCAGGAGGUUAUCCGUUUCAUCGCCACCGCACGCGGCCGUGCGUCUGAGUAUUGGGGCGCGGAGUGGAUUGAAUCUGACGCACUUGUGUGGGCCAAUGACAUCCCCAACGUGGCGGAGGAUCUAUUUGCCAAGCAGCACCCGGAAACAGUGCAGCAGCUGGAGUACUUUGCGGCUGGCUUCAACCACUACUUUGGCCAGUUCCCGGACGACCUGCUCACGGCCCCCUUCAACACGACAUUGGUCAUGCCGGUUUCGGCGCUCGACAUCAUGAAGAGCACCGUGCGCAUUCACUACUUCUAUGCCUACUGGAGCGGCAAUGAGAAGGCCCAGUGGUGGUCCCCCUCGGCUGACGGGGCCUCUGAGGAGCCAGACUACUUCCGCAUGGCUAAUGAGACGCCCACUCGCCACUACUCGGCCUACGUCGACUACCUGCAUGACAUCCGGCAAAUCCCCGAGGAGCACUGGGAGCACUUCGGCUCGAAUGCCUGGGCCAUGAAUGGCCCGAAGGUGGCCCCGGACGUCAUCACUCUACUCAACCAGAAUCCGCAUUUGCCCUUCGUCAGCAUUUUCCGCUGGUACGAGGCGCACUUUGUCAUCGAGUCGGAAAAUGUCAAUCUUUAUGGCGCGGGCAUCCUGUCCUGGCCCAACUUGCAGAUUGCCUUCAACGAUUAUGUCGGCUGGACGCACACCGUAAACAUCAUCACCCCCUGGACCGUAUAUGAGGUGGAACUGUCGCACGACAACUCCACAUACCUCUUUGAUGGUGUGGAAAUGCAAAUGCAAGUGGAGGAGUUUCCCUUCAAGGUCUUGCUGGAUGACGGAUCUUACGAGGCCCACACCGUGGUUGUGGAGAAGACCAUCCACGGCCAUGUGGUCAAUCGCAAGCACAAUAAGGUGGCCGUCCUGCGCCGUGCUGGUGCCGAUCGUGCCGGCUAUAUCAAGCAAUGGUGGGACAUGGGUCGAGCGCGCAGCAUGGCUCAGUUCCGUGCGGCCAUUGACCAACUCCAGCUGGCUUCCCUCACAGUUGUGGCGGCUUCGGCCGAUGGGUCGAUUCUCAACCAAUUCAACGGCUUCGUGCCCGUCCGUUCCUUUGGUGACUACAACUACUGGAAUAUGGCCGUGCCGGGUAACACCAGUCGCACCUUCUGGACCGAGCUUCACCCGCUCUCCGAGCUGCCGCACAUCCAAGACCCUGCCUCUGGUUGGGUCCACAACGCCAAUGAGUCUCCCUGGACCGCGACCUUCCCGCUCUUUCUCCCGACCCUGGAUCCUGCCAACUUCCCGGCUUACGUGAGCAUGAAGCCUUACAUGAGUUUCCGCCCCCAAGUGUCGGUUCGCCUGCUCCACAUGGAGGACCGCUUUGACUUUGACACCAUGGUCCGGCACAAGCACUCGACGUUGAAGGAGGCGGCAUUGCACUAUUUGGACGAGCUCCUGGAGGCCAUUGGCCAGGAGCUGGCCAAUCGCGGCUCGCAGGCCGAUCCCCGUCUGGCCGAGAUCCAUGCCAUCUGGACCUCCUGGGAUCGGACAUACGAUGCCGUAUCGCCUGGGUCCUUCCUGUUUGAGAUGUACCUGCGCAAGCAGCGUGGGGUGUACUUUUUGGUGCCCUGGCUGGCGGAGGAUCCGCUCAACACGCCGCACACUCUCUCCGACCUGACGGCAGCGGUGGAAUCGGUCCUGCGCGCGGCCGAUGCCGUGGCCGCCGCCGGGCACCCCCUGGAUGCCUCCUGGGGUGACAUGCACAAGUUCUAUGCCUACCAGCACACGGCCCCGCCCGAGGACGAGGAUCAGCGCUUGGUCCUUCCGGCGCACGGCACCUUCGACACUUUCCGAAGCCUCUGGUGGAAGGAGGCCGACAUCGGGCCAUAUGGUGGUGACUCGUACACCGGUCUCCUGGCUUAUAUGGCCGACAACCGGGAAGUGGACGCCGAUGGCUUUAUCCGGUCCCGGCCGAUCGCCGCUACCUGUAUGCCGUAUGGCAAUGCUACGCCGGGUUCUCGCGGUGCACGAGUCUAUGGUCAUGUCAAUGACCAGUUCCAGCUCUUCGCCGAUAAGGCUCUCAAGCCGGCUCUGCGUGAGCGCAAGGAAAUCCUUGCGGAUCAGGAACAAGUGGCCCGCUUCGAUGGACUUUGGAUCCGGCUCCCCCCUACCGGAGCUUGACCCCAGGAGGAGCCCAGUCGUCCUCACCAACAGCUUUCUCGAUCGCAUGAGAAAGUAAGAGUGUCCUGCCCCCCUUCUUCCAUAGAUGCCUCUGUUGAUCUGCGGCUUGUCCUCUCCCUCGUUGUGCUUUCAGGGGGGGGGGGGGGUC